AACUUUCCGAGCUUCUAAUCUUCUUCAACUUUCAUUCACGCCUGAACCCAAUCUACUCAUUCACCAACGCCAUUCAUUCCUUCAUACAAAUUCACUCCUUAAAAAAUUGAAUUUGCCAUAUUGGAUGGUCUAUUUUAAUCUAUCGUUACAUGAUCGCGCCUCUUGUUUAACCCUCUUAUAGGCCUGGAUGGCCUCGGUCACGACCGCCAUGGCCUCUGGAGAUCAAGCGCCCGCUCCAGCGACCAGCGCAACAACUCUGGCGCCCCGAAAGUUCAAGGCUUCCGACUUACCUCUUCCAUCUGCUACGCGAUCCGCUAUUGAAGGGCUAGCACAUAGUUUUAAGAAGAAAGGUGGUUACGAUGCGAUCCGCAAGCAGGUCUGGGAGAAAUUUGAACAAAGUGACUGUGAAGCACAGGUUACCAAAUCGAUUCUCCAAGUCGCCGAACAGGAACUCGAGCGCAACCCAUCCCAACUCCUUACCUUAGACCGUCGAAAGGCCGCCACUCUUAUCGACGGUGCCCUCGACCGAUCUGGAGUUUACCAGAAAGCUAACGAAGUUCUUGAUCAACUCAUUGAUGUCGAGGGUAUCGAAACGCGCAUGCGUCAAUUGCGUGAGGCUGAAAUCGGUACCGAGGCGGCUUUGGAAGAGAAACUACGCGGCUCUAAAACUGAUGAGGAAUAUGCUUCCGAGUCAGCUCGUAGCCUAGAAGAGCGCGACCGAAUUCGACGAGAGCUAAGGCAAAAAGAGGAGCAGAUCUUGGAAGAGAAACGCAAGAUCGAGCGAGAAGAACGAAAGAAACGGGAGCGCGAAAGAGAACGUGAGCUAGAAAUAGCCGAGACCAAGCGCAAAGAAGAGCGAGAUGCCCGAAGACGUGAGCGUGAGAAGAAAGAAGCAGAACGUGAUCGCGAAAGGGAGAAGGAAAGAGAGGAACGACGGCGAGCACGAGAGCAGGCUAGGGAUAAAGCCCACGACUCAGACCGUCGUUCACGAUCCAGAUCGAGAACGAGACACAGAUCUCGAGAUAAUUCAAGACACCGUGACCGGGAUCAUGAUAGGGAGCGCGAUCGAAAUCGCGACCGUAGCCGCCGCCCUGAUAGUAGAGAGAGGCGACGCCGAGAUCGAGCUAGAGACCGGCCUGAAGUGCUUAACAAGCACCUCACCAAGGAGGAUCACGAGCGACUUGAAAAGAAAGCACUCGAGGAUAUCCUAGCGGAGAGUAAGAAGUCAACCUCGAAAAAGCCCGAACCUGAGAUCGAUGCGGCCCUUAUACCACCCCCUCGAAGAACGAAGCCGGCAUCUGCCAUACAACCUAUACGUCGUGAUUCUUUGAAGAGCUCAGACUCAAAGAAGAUCCCUGAGUCCUCGAAACCUAAAUCUAAGGAUCCAGUGAAGGAUACGAAAGAUUCUAAGGACGUAAACGACGCGAAAGAAACGAAGGACGCAAAGGCAACUAAAGAGCCUAAAGAGGUUAAGGAGGUUAAGGAGCCCAAAGAAUCUAAGGAUAUCAACGAAUCUAAAGAGGCUAAAGAUAGUAAGGAACCUAAAGAUGACAAGGCCGAGGGGUCAUCCAACCGAGCGUCUUCUCGACAUCGUCGUGAUCGAUCGCGAGCCACGGAGGACGAUCGUAAAACCCGCGACCGUGAUCGUGAUCGUGCCCGCGAACGAAGCCGUUCCCCACCUAGGCACGACAGAAGGGAUGAUAGAAGGGAACGAAGUAAGUCGCGACAUCGAUCAGAUCGUCGGGAUCGCAGUCGGUCUAGGGAUCGUGACCGGAACCCGGAAAGAGAUAGGGACUUUUACCGACCCGGACAGCGAGACAGAAGUCGCUCUCAUGUACGAUCUCGUCGUGAUAGGCCUGAAAGGAGUCGUUCAGGGGAUAGGUAUAAGCCUGAUCAUAGGGAGCGAAGCCGAUCUAGGCGUAGAGAAGGCCGAGACAGGCGUGAUCGAAGCCGUUCAGCUGUUCGCCCCAGUCGCAAGGAUGAUCGUCGAGAGAGGUCUCGCUCAACUAGACCCCGAACUGAAAGGGUUCGCUCACGUGUAUCUCGAAGCCGAUCCCGUUCUCGGCCGGCUACUUCCAACAAGCAUGAGGUUACGGAUGCUGAAGCUUGGAAGCAAGGAGAGAUUAAGAAGCGAGAACAAGAAGCUAAGGCUUACUUAGCUGCGCAGCGUGAAGCCCGUGAGAAGGGUCUACCUGUUCCAGGCGUUGAUGACAAAAGGAGCACGGGAGAGCGUUCACCCGAAGUCAAAAGAUCACGUGCCCCUGAGGAAAUUGAUAGGUACAGGCCUAGUGACCGUGAUCGAGCUGGAACUAGCGAUAAGUAUAGAGAGCGGGACUACGAUCGAGACAAGGGAAAGGACAAGGAGAGAGAAAAGGAGAAGGACGAUAGAAGGGUUCGCCGUCGUAGUCGAAGUAGGUCUCCGAGCAGACGUCGAGACCGCGAUCGCGACCGAAGUCGUGAGAGAGAUAGGAGUCGAGAUCGUGAGCGUCGGCGCUCCCGUGAUCGUUAUCGUGGGGAGGCGGCUCGUGACAGAGACCGAGACGACCGCGGCCGUGAUCGUGACCAUGACCGGGACCGUGGAAAGGAUCGUGAUCGGGAGCAUGGUCGUGACAAGGAUCGCGACGGGGACAAGGAUAAGAGAACUCGUACCGACAAAGGUACUGAAUCCGAGUCACGACGGGAUCGGGACCGAGAGCGAAAGGGCCGAAGCCCUGCACCCCGCAGUCCUGUACCCCGGGGAGAUGCACGAGGCGGAAGCACUGCACCGAAGAGAGAACGAAGUCCGCCAUCUAAGAGAGAUAGAUAUGGUCGAAGUUCAAGCCGAGGAAGAAACAAUCGAAGCCGAAGCCGUAGUCAUAGACGCACACGGAGUCCCCGUUAGUCGAGGGGUAGUAAGGUUACUUCUAUGCAUCGUCUUGUAUUGCUACGAAAUACUUUCCGAUAUCACCAUGAGUUAAAUGAUGUGUACAACUCGAAAAUGAACUACGGACAAAAGCACUGGUGGUCGACCUGGCCUGGGACACCAGAGCAGCAGCCAGUUGUUCCGUUACGUCGUCGAGGAUCGCAAAAGCUAUACCCUUAGGUCAUGCUAGGCGUUUGGGGGGUUAUUGUUUACGAAAUAGGCAUAGGAGGUGGUCAAAAUUUGGAGGCGACAAACUUCAUUGGUAGUAUCUAACCAGCUUUACUCUCCAAUAAUAGGGGAUAUUACCUACGUAGCUGCUGUAAUUUCCGUGUCGAUGUUAGAAGUUCCGAUUUCUGAUUCCUCCAUUUGGCCCCCAUACG